ACUGGCCCCUAUUACCGGAUUACCUUGCGCAAGCGGAAUCCCAAGCAGAACAAUGAAUUGCAAGACAUCAGUUUUAAUUACGUGCCCGAUAGAGAUUCGGCUGAUGUUCUCGCUCGUGAGCUGGUUGAGGCAGAUCUUCUUGAUGGCUGUGACCUGCUUUUAGUUGCUCACAAUAUGAGUGAGCUGAUCGCAAAUCCCUCCGCCAAGGAGCGUGUCUUUCCUCUUGUAAGUUCACUUAUUUGCACUGGUUCCUAG